AUGGCUUCCUCAACAGGCACCAAUGGAGACAAGGUAAUAGUCCACAACCUGCUCCCCCACAUAGCUGUCUAUAGUGACGGUACCAUAGAUCGUCCACGCAACCUUCCGAUUGUUCCACCACAAGAAGAGGACCCUGUAACCGGUGUCUCAUCCAAAGACAUUGUCUUUUCGAAUGAUCCUUACCUCACUGCUAGACUUUUCCUUCCAAAACUAACACAAACCAAUGAUCAGAACCAAAAACUCACCAUCUUGGUUUAUUUUCAUGGUGGUGGAUUCACCUUUGAAUCAGCCUAUGCAAUACACCACCACGCAUAUUGCAAUCUCUUAGCUUCUCAAGCAAAUGCUGUGGUUGCUACCAUAGAACAUAGAAAGGCUCCAGAGUAUUAUCUUCCUACAGCUUAUAAUGAUUGUUGGGCUGGUCUCUGUUGGGUUGCUUCUCAUGCAACUCAAAAUCCCAUAAACAGUGACCCUUGGAUCACCAAUCAUGGUGAUUUUAACAGAAUUUUCAUUGGUGGUGAUAGUAGUGGUGGCAACAUUUCUCUCAAUGUUGCUAUGCGUGCUGGUGUUGAAGCUUUACCUGGUGGUGUUAAACUACUUGGUACUUAUGCUAACCACCCUUACAUUUGGGGUGCAAAACCAAUGGGGAAGGAACCUGUUAUAGGAUUUGAGGAGACUCUUCAAUCUAGGAUUUGGAAGUUUGCUUACCCUUCUGCUCCUGGUGGGUUAGAUAACCCUAUGCUCAAUCCAAUGGCUUCUGGGGCACCUAGUUUGGCUACACUUGGUGGCUCUAGGCUGCUUAUUACUGCUGCUGGCAAGGAUCACCUGUUAUUUAGGGACAGAACCGAAAGAUAUUAUGAGGCUUUGAAGGAGAGUGGGUGGAAAGGGGAAGUCGAAUUCUUUGAAGAGAAAGAUGAGGAUCAUGUAUAUUACAUGUUUGAUCCUAAUACAGAGAACGCUAAAAGAUUGUAUAAAGUUGUGGUCGACUUUCUUCGCCGCUAA